GAUAACAAGGCGAUAAUAAAUAACCAGUAUUAUUGACUUACGUAAAAUAUCGAUGUCAAAUUUGCACCAAAUUGACAAACAACGUCAUCCCGUACAGUUCACUAUAUACAGAAUAUUAUAUGUCAAUAUAAUUUUUAAAAAAGAAGUAUAAGCAAAAUUCAUGACAAAUUCCAAGCGAAAAAGUUUUAAUCAGUGACUGAAUAUUAUAGAAAUAAUAUUUGUUUUUCGGGGACUGAUUCCACAAUCCACAGUUGGCAGCGGUAAACCUUAACGAAAACUUUUUAUCUACCUUUGAUAACCAUACGGGUAGCAGUAGUUGAUUAAAAUUUUGUACAAACAAGUCAAUUCGUCGAAAAAGUGUGUCGUUGCAGUUUAACAACGAGGUUUCAUGUUUAGGAACAAUCAAUUUAUAACGUACAAAUGAACAACUAAAGAUUAAAAGUUUGUAGAAAGAAAAGUUAAAUGGAGCCGGGCAUAGUGAAGAUCGCGGACGAUGCAGACUUCGACAUGCUGAAGAAUCUGAUCGACGAUCACACGAAUUGGAAAUUGGACUACGACAAAGGAGACGAAACGAAGGUAUGGACCAAAACAACACCAAAUACUAGCUUUAAGAUGGUAAAAGUACAAUCAGUCUUCCCAGAAAUAUGUGCAACUACAUUGUUCGACGUACUUCACGAUCCGAAUUAUAGAAAAGAAUGGGACGAGCACAUGCAGGCUUCUAUAGAAAUAGGUUAUUUAAAUCCAAACAACGACGUAGGAUAUUAUGCUUUAUCAUGUCCAGCUCCAGUAAAAAAUAGAGACUUCGUAUUACAAAGGUCAUGGCUGGAUAUGGGUAGUGAAAAAUUAAUUUUAAAUCAUUCGGUGAAUCACAAAGAUUACGCCAGUAGAAAAGGUUAUAUAAGGGCUAUUUCUCACCUGACAGGGUUUGUGAUUAGGGACAAUCCACAAGGUUGUUUUUUGGGCUACGUAUCCCAAACGGACCCCAAAGGAAAAUUACCGUCGUGGCUAGUCAACAAGAUCACUCAAAAAUUCGCCCCGAAAGUGGUGAAGCAACUUAGGAAGGCAGCUGAUGGAUACGAAACGUGGAAGGCGGCUCAAAAUGAUCCUUUUCUUAAACCUUGGGUGUAUCCCGAACAAACUAUGAACUCGCCCAGGAUCAGCGUUUCAGAUUGUGCUUCUGUUGGAGACCAGAUUAUAAAUAAUGUGGAAGACUGUGACGAAACCAGAUGAAACAGUAUUACGGCUCACAAUGUUCAACGUGUCUAAAAUAAAAUUAAUUAAAACACAAUUUUGUGAUAAGCAUUUUUAAGUUCUC